AUGCUUUUUUUCAUCGUUAACGUGAUAAAAUCACAGGAAAAUGUCGUCGACGAUGACAUCGAUGACGACGAUUUCGACGAGGAAUUAUAUUCCGUCAUAUAUUCGGUAAGAGACGAUGAUGGAUCUCUAUGGUCGAAUUCUCGUAAAAUUCGAUCUAUCGAUAUUAAUCGAUAUUCUACGAGUUCGAAUACGACGAGUAAUAAUUACACGUUAACGGACAAUUCCCUGUGGAACGAUUUGUGGUUCGAAUGUAAGAAAAAACCGUCGUUCACGUGCGUUCGAACGGGUGUUUUUAAAUAUUUGGACAAAAGUUUAGAUAAUUCUAAAGAUUUAAGGCUCACGGAUUCAUUGUUUUUCCGCGGUAAUAAAAAUAAAUAUAACGGUUUUUGUGAGAACACGGAAGAGGAAAUGGAAAAGUGUUUGAAAUACAACGAAGAAAAAUUAAAAAUCACAAAAGUCGCGGAUAGUGAAAACAACAACGACAACAAUGACGUCAAAUUAAACGAUACCAUUGACGUAAUAACCGGCAACGGUAGCGAUUAUAACAAUAAUAAUAAUAAUAAUAAUACAAUAACGGAUACGGAUAAUAAAAAUUCAACUGGAGAAUUUAUAAAAAAAGAAAAUGAUGAUGAUGAUGAUGAUAAGACGACGGGAGAAGUAGGAGGAGGAGGGUCGUUAAGCGAUCUCAGCGAUAUAUUAUACGAUAAGGGUACCCAUUUUUUAAUGACGCACGAUAUGGAAGUUCAACUUCCGGAAAUGUUUUUCGGCGGUGGAUCAAUCAAAUUAGAACCUAAAUCAUACGUCGAAGGAAACGACACGGAAGAAGAAGGUGCUUUGGUUAAAAUCGUUUUUAAACCUCCGUCACCGCCUUCUCAGGUUGUCAAAGGAAGAGUCUUACAUCAAUUGAUUAAUUUGAUGGGAUCCGUUUUAUGA